GCGUGCGUGCUUUCCUUUUGUCAGAGCUCAGCCAGCCACAGCAGUGCGCCUCAUUGGUGGUACUUCUAGCAAAACAUAAACAUCUUAUAUGCUGUCAUUGUACCUUGUAAUUUACAAUGGUUUGACCUUCAAUAAAGUGCCACAUGUGACAGUUUGGACAUUUGUUAAGAUCUGUUAAGACAAAACCUCAAGAAUUUCAAUAUGUCUUGUAUUUCUCCUUCUACAGUCAAUGGAGGAAUUCCAGCAAAGACUUGCAGAUGCUGAGAAAGCCGUGUACGGAGAGAGCAGAGGACGAGAAGGAGACGGAACAGCCAGAGGGGGGUGGAGGAAAGGCCAGAACGAGGCCAGAGAGAGAUGGAGGAGACGAGAUGGAGACGGGGCAGAGAGAGAUCAGUGGAGAAGAAACGAAAGGGAGAGAGAUUCCUCACCCACAGACAGAGAGAGAUGCUAUGCUGGUAGAGGAGAGGAGAGGGAGAGGGGAGGGUAUCGAGGCAGAGGGGAAGAGAGAGGUCGAGAGGGAGACAGGUUUAGAGAGAGGGAGAGGGAUGGAGAAAGAGAAGAUGAAAGAGACAGUGAAAUCGAUAGAGACAGAGAUAGAGGAAGGGAGAGGGAUGGAGGAAGAAACAGAGGAAGAGAUAGAGAGAAGGAAGGAGACAGUGAAAGCAAUCGAGACAGAGAUAGAGGAAGAGAUAGAGAGAGGGAUGGAGGAAGAGAAAGAGAUGAUGAAAGAGACAGUGGAAGCGAUAGAGAUAGCGAUAGAAAUAGGGAUAGUGAAAGAAAUGGAGAAAGUGCUGCAUCAUCAUCUGCGCAAAACUGGAGUCAACGUUCUCCCUCUCUUGGGUCACUUAAAAGCCGCUUCCUCAAACCCUCAGAGGAUCAUGACCAAGGUGAAGCUCCACCGCGUCGUCGUCGUCCUCCAGCGCGGCCGUCCUCAGGAUUCCUGAAACCCAGCUCUGACGACGAAGACUCUGGUCCGCGUAAUAGCAAUAACAUGCCAGCCUGGAAGAAGAGCAGCAAUCCUGCUCGGGAAUCUGCCAGCUUUGAAAAACCCGAGCAGGAGAAAGAGAGGGAUCCUGGGACAAGUGUCACUGCUCCUCAAGACGGUCCGCAUGGUGACAAAGCCGCCGUGACGACAAGGAGUGAGAGUGACAGUGAGGAAGAAGAGGAGGAGCUUCCACUGCUGUCAGAGGACGAGAUGAACAAACUGGGAGCCAAACUGGUGAAGGCGGAGCUUAUGGGCAACACGGCCAUGGUUGAGAAGCUAAGAUCACAGCUGGACGCGGCACACAAAGCCAAAGAGAACUACGCCGCCCGAAAGCAGCUACAAGAAGAGGCUAAAUCAAAGCAGGCCACAGGUCGCACCAGUGAAGACCAGGAAGUCCUGCUGUUCAGAACAGACCAAUCAGGGCGUGCCUGGCCAGUCAAUGACCCCUCUGGACUCCAGGAUACCCACGGAGGUCGACGGAAGAAGAACAAGAUUGAGACCCAUGUUGACGGGGAGCGUGUGCGCUACUUCCAGGACGAUGACAAUGUGGGUCUGAAGGAGAUGGUGAGGAGGGAGAAGAUGAGCUCUGCACAGGAUCAGAACGCCCUCUACUCUCGCAUGGCUUCCAAGAUGAUGGGGAAGACGGACGGCGACAACUACACGCUGGAUGACAUGUUUGUGUCGAGUGCAGCGCAGCGGGAGGGCGAGGGGAAGGAGGAGGAGAGGAUGAGGAGCAAAGCCAUCGGGGAGAGUAGGAGGCUGGCUGCCUCCAUGGAGAAAUGCCAGCACUGCUUCAGCAGCCAAGAGCUCCAGAAGCACCUCAUAGUGGCAAUAGGGAGCAAGGUGUACUUGAGCGUGCCUGCGGGAGUGUCGAUGUCAGAGGGCCACUGUCGAAUCUGUCCACUCCAGCAUCACUGCUCUGCCACCGGAUUGGACGAGGACGUGUGGUCAGAAAUGCAGCUGUUCCGGCGUACUUUGGUGCGAAUGCUCGAGUCCCAGGAGCUGGACUGUGUGUUCAUGGAGACGCACAUGAACCCACGCAGAAGACAACAUAUGGUCUUGGAGUGUAUCCCACUACCCCGAGAACUGGGCGAUAUGGCACCUAUAUACUUUAAGAAAGCUAUAAUGGAGUGUGAUGAGGAAUGGUCCAUGAACAAGAAGGUCGUCGACCUCUCUUCGAAAGAUAUCCGCCACGCUGUUCCUCGAGGUCUGCCCUAUUUUGCUGUCGACUUUGGACUCCAGGGAGGGUUUGCUCACGUCAUUGAAAAUGAACAGAAAUUCCCCCAUUACUUUGGCAAGGAAGUGGUCGGAGGCAUGAUGGACUUGGAGCCGCGACGUUGGAGGAAGUUGAUCAGAGAGAACUUUGAUGACCAGAGGAAAAAAGUCCUUCAGUUUGCACAGUGGUGGAAACCCUACGACUGCACCAAGACUGAGGGCUAGCUGGACACGCUCUCAGAAGGGUUUACACUUUGCUGAGUAGUGAAGAUCACACACACACACACACACACACUGUGGUGCAGACACUGUCGCACCUACUUAUUCAGAAUUUGAUGUAAAGUUCCUAUUAAAAUGUAUAAUAUUAAACGGUUUUAAUCAAAUAAAAAAAUAAAUGAAA